AUGAACACUUUUCAUAAUCCUUUAACGACCUUCUUCCUCCUCAUAUUCGUUGCAUUUAUAUUAAACCUUGUAGUUGCAUUACGGCAGUUUGAAUUGCCAAAUCUAGAUGAUAUUACAAAAGGUAUAAUACCGUCAAUGUCAAUUGUCGAACCAGAAUCUACAAGGUCUAAAUACAGAGGGAAAUCGAUUGGUGGUAUUUCAGGAUUACUGGGUGGUCUUUCUACCCCAACCUCUUCAAUUAUCGAUAAUCAGGCAACUCCUAUUUUAACAAAUUCUAUAAAUACUAUGCCUUCUACAAUAUCUGGUUCAUUUACACCAACUCGUAUUUUUUCAAAUGAAAUUCCUAAAGAAACUCAAAAUCCAAUUCCCCUUCAUGGAAAUUUGGAAAACUCGGGUAUUUAUAAUGGAGGUGAAAUCGCAUAUUCAUGGAUGGUUCUAAGUGUUGUUUUCGCUUUUUUAAUUGGGUUUGUUGGAUUUUUAUCGGUUUAA